UCACGUCAUCUCCCUCCAACCAGGGUGCGCGUGAAUCCCGCGAUUUAAAGCCCAGCUCCCUUUCCGACACUCGCCAUCUUCCUCUCUUCCCUCCGUGUACCAUCCUCCGCGGGAACAAACUCUCACGCCGUCUCCCAGAUCUCACCCUCGCUCGACCCUCCGCGGGAACUCCGCACCGCCGCCUUCUCCUCUCAAUCUCCCCUCCCGCUUCCUUCCACCAAGCCUGAAAUUUUUACGUUACUUUUUGAAUCAUCAAAUCAUCCACUCUUGCAGUCUUUCUCGUGAUUUGUAUACAUAUAACUAUUUAAAUUUUAUGCAAAUCAUAAAUUUCAUGAUUUGUUCUUCAGCUCUUGUAAUAAUUUCACCAUAAUUAAUUUGUUCUUAUAUCUAUUCAUUUUUAUAGAAUGUAUAAAUAAAAUCGUGGAGCGAAUCAGAUCUAUAUUUUUUUGGUACAAGCGAAUCAGAUUGAUUUAAGUUCUCCGGCGGCUGCAAGAGAAUGGCUGAAGGGCCGGCGGUGAAACCGGUGUUCCAGAAGCCGGCGGUGAAACCGGUGCUCCAGAAGCCGCCGGGCUACCGGGACCCGGCGGCGCCGAGGCCGGCGGCCCCGAAGCCCCCGCCGCGGCGGCCACAGCUCCCCCCAACGUUCCGGCAGGCUGGGAAGGCCCCCCGACGCCGGCGCAGGCAGUUCUCCAGCUGCUGCCUCUGCUGCUGGCUCCUCGCCGCCGCCAUCGCCAUCGCCUUCCUCAUCGCCGUCGCCGGCAGUAUCGCCUACCUCUGGUUCCAGCCCCGCCUCCCCUCCUUCCGCCUCCAGUCCGUCCAGGCCUCGCGGUUCCGCGUCGCCACCAGAUCCGACGGAACCUUCCUCAACGCCGCCACCACCGUCCGGAUCCUAGCCUCGAAUCCUAACGGCAAGAUCGGGCUCGCGUACGGAGACGGGGAGGGGUGGGUGACGGUGGUGGACGACGACGGUGAUGUGGAGGUGGGGACGGCGGCGAUCGCCGGAUUCGAGCAGGAGAAGAAGAAUGCGACGGUGGUGAGGUUCUCGGCGCGCGCGAAGGGAGUCAUGGUGGACGACGCGGUGGGGUCCAGGCUCAAGGCCCGGUUCAGGAGCAAGGAGAUCCGGUUCGGGGUGGAGGUCCGGACGAAGCUCGGGGUUCGGGUGGGAGGUAAAACCACUGGGAAGGUGCCGAUUCGGGUUCUCUGCCAAGCGGUGAGUUUAAGACAGGUGGACGGUGGCCGGACGUCGCCCAAGUGCCACAUCAACCUGCUCAGAUGGAUUAAUCUACAUUAAUCGACCAAGGAACUCCAAGUGUCUGAAGGUCUGGGCUUUGGUGUUGUACAGAGGAUUUAUAUUUUCUUUGCCACGUAUGUUAUUGGACAUGAAAAUCCUGGAAGUGGGAAGAAGAGACUGAUCUCCACGUGGUUUCAGUAUGUGGAAUUCACAGCAGAUUAAACUCGUAUCCAUAUAACCUAUUUUCAGCGAUAAACCUAUUAGAAGCUUGUGUGUCAUACUUAAAUGAAUGCCAAUUUUUUCUUGUAAAAGACGUUUGUAUUAUUUUUUAAAAAGUCCAGUCUAAAUAUGGAUCUGGUUGGAUUUAUUCUUGAAGAACCCACCAAACACGAUUAAUCAAAAUUUUGCGUGUAGAUGAUCUGUUUGACUCUAUUAAUACAGAAUUCUCUGUUUACUUA